AAAAAAAAAAAAAAAAAGAUCCCCAGCUGGCGGCGAGGCGCGGCGGGCAGGUCUAUGGCUGUCCGUGUUCUGUGAGGGUUUUGCUAUGACCGUGGGCCCCUUGCAAAGUCAGAUCUGCCCCUCAUCGCCGCAGCCACCCCAGGCCCGCGCAUCUCAGCCCCCGCAUCACUGUUGCCAUGGGCAGCGUCAGCAGCCUCAUCUCUGGCCAUGGCUUCCACAGCAAGCACUGCCGGGCCUCACAGUACAAGCUGCGCAAGUCCUCGCACCUCAAGAAGCUCAACCGCUACUCAGACGGGCUGCUGAGGUUCGGCUUCUCCCAGGACUCUGGUCAUGGCAAGUCCAGUUCCAAAAUGGGCAAGAGCGAAGACUUCUUUUACAUCAAGGUCAGCCAGAAGGCCCGGGGCUCCCACCGCCCAGAUUACACAGCACUGUCCAGUGGUGAUGUCGGGGGCCCAGCUGGGGUGGACUUCGACCCGUCUACCCCUCCCAAGCUCAUGCCCUUCUCCAGCCAGUUGGACAUGGGCUCGGAGAAGGGCCCGGUGAGGCCCACUGCAUUCAAGCCGGUGCUGCCGCGGUCGGGAGCUGUCCCGCACUCUUCCCCUGAGAGUGCUAGCCACCAGCUGCACCCGGUCCCCCCAGACAAGCCCAAGGAUCAGGAGGCCAAGCCGGGCCUGUGCUCUGGGGCGCUGUCCGACUCCGGUCGCAACUCCAUGUCCAGCCUGCCCACACACAGCACCAGCAGCAGCUACCAGCUGGACCCUCUGGUCACACCUGUGGGGCCCACUAGCCGUUUCGGGGGCUCAGCCCACAACAUCAUGCAGGGCAUCCUCCUGCAGGACAGCAACAUGACGAGCCUAAAGGCGCUGUCAUUCUCUGAUGGGGGCAGCAAGCUGGCACACGCAGGCAAGGUGGACAAGAGCGCCUCAUGCGUGCGCUCCCCUAUCUCCACGGACGAGUGCACCAUCCAGGAGCUGGAGCAGAAGCUGCUGCAGCGUGAGGGUGAGCUGCACAAGCUGCAGCGGAGCUUCGAUGAGAAGGAGUUCGCCUUUAGCCAAGCCUUCGAGGAGCGGGCGCGGCGCAGCAGGGACGAGCAGGACGGCCCUGAGCCCAAGGCUGGUGGUGGGAAGCUGAAGCAGGCAGCGUCGCAGAAGAGCCAGCGCACGCAGCAGGUCCUACACCUGCAAGUGCUCCAGCUGCAGCAGGAGAAGCGACAGCUGCGGCAGGAGCUCGAAAGCCUCAUGAAGGAGCAGGACCUGCUGGAGACCAAGCUGCGGUCGUACGAGCGGGAGAAGACCAACUUUGCGCCGGCACUGGAGGAGACGCAGUGGGAGGUGUGCCAGAAGUCCGGCGAGAUCUCUCUCCUAAAGCAGCAGCUCAAGGAGUCCCAGACCGAGGUGAACGCCAAGGCCAGCGAGAUCCUCAACCUGAAGGCACAGCUGAAGGACACGCGGGGCAAGCUGGAGGGCAUGGAGCUGAGGACGCAGGACCUGGAGGGCGCCCUGCGCACCAAGGGCCUGGAGCUGGAGGUAUGCGAGAACGAGCUGCAGCGCAAGAAGAACGAGGCGGAGCUGCUGCGCGAGAAAGUGAACCUGCUGGAGCAGGAGCUGCUAGAGUUGCGGGCGCAGGCUGCCCUGCAGCGGGAGAGCGCAGCCCUGGGGCCGGGGCUGGCAGCUGUGCCCACCUUCUCUGAGGACAUCCCUGCCCUGCAGAGGGAGCUGGAGCGGCUGCGGGCCGAGCUGAAGGAGGAGCAGCAGGGCCAUGACCAGAUGUCCUCGGGCUUCCAGCACGAGCGGCUGGUGUGGAAGGAGGAGAAGGAGAAGGUGAUCCAGUACCAGAAGCAGCUGCAGCAGAGCUACCUGGCCAUGUACCAGCGCAACCAGCGUCUGGAGAAGGCCCUGCGGCAGCUGGCCCGUGGAGAUGCAGCUGGGCAGUCCUUUGAGCUUGACCUGGAAGGGGCUGACAUCCCCUAUGAGGACAUCAUAGCCACGGAGAUCUGAGGGGUUCCCUGGGGAGGGAGGGCUAGGGUCUUGUGGCAGGGGCCAGGGGCCAGCCUACUCGAGGAAGCCUCCUUGCCAUCUCCCCUCCACAGCAACUCAGGCCUCCUGAGUGCAGCCCCAGGAGCUACCAGUGGUGAGCAAGGGUCACCACACUGCCCCCUUCCCCUGAGCCCACCUCGGCCACUUUACAGAGUGCUGGACCUUGGCGACUCCCCAGCUCUCCAGAAGACCGGCAGAGGGUCCCUGUGGGCUGGUUAAGGGCUCCCUGAACCUUGGUCUCUGCUCAAGCAGAGACCCUCUGCCCUGAAAUGGGUUGCCAACCCUGCAGGCCAAAUGGCCACCUCAAGGACAGAAGCCCCCUCCACAUCUUGUCCCCGAACCCCUCACCCCAGAUACUUCAGGGUGCCUUGGGGACAGAAGGGGGUCAUGUGUGCCCCAAAGCCCUGGUCUGUCGUCAUGACUCGAGCCCUGCUCCUCUGGCCUCAGAGGCAUGAGAAGCGGUCGAGGUGCAGAGGGCUGAGCUAGGAGUACCUGAGGCAUAUUAGUGGUGUCUGACCUCCAACUGAGCCGUGCAGCUCCCAGACAACUGGUGGCAUUUGCCUUGAUGGCCACUCCUCUCAAAGCCAUAGACACAGAGGCCCUGGGGCUGGGUGCUGGGACAGGGACCUGAGGGCCUGGCCUUGCAGCUGUCCCUGGAGAGCCUCUGAAUGCCCCACCUCAAGCAGGCAGGGAUUCUCUGGCCCAUGGCCACUCUGCAGGGUCUUCUCAGACCUCAGGCUACCUGCUGACCCAGAAGGCCCCUGUGUACUCAGAGGGUGCCUUGUGAUUUGGGAGUUUCCACCUGUACGUCUGGCCCAAGCUUCUUUCCUCUCCCUGUGACAUCUUCAGUGUGGAGUGCUGGGUGUGCACAGGUUGGGAUGGGUCUGCAGGUCUGGACAGGUGCCCAGGCAUAGGAGGGGCAUGCGCACACGCGCGUGCAUGCGCGCGCGCACACACACACACACACACACAGCCUUAUGAACAGCUGGCCGCUGCCCUUCCUCCACCUUGUGUCCCACAGAAUCCCCAGGCCCCGGGCUGUGAGUCCCUGCUGAGAAAGGCCAUCCAGGGACACAGCUAAUGCCUGUGGGAGGCCGGGUUUUCUCUUCUAAAAUGUCCAGAGCAAGGGAGAAAGAACAGCAGUUUCUUGGUUGCUAGUGUCAGAGAGUUUUCUUUCUUUUUCCCUUUCUGGUCUUCUCAGAAGCAAGCCAGAUCUAGCAGGCAGCCCGGCUGCUCCACAUUCUAUUUUUGACACAGCCGCAGCUGCUCUUGGCAGGACAGCAAGCGCUCUCUGGAUUCCUGCUCCUCACGCCUGCAGAGAGGGGCCAGGGUGGAGGAGUGACAGCGUGCCAGAGUCGGGUCCGAGCAGUCUCCAGCUCGGGCUUCCUGCUACACACAGGCCUAAGCCCAGGGCAGGAGUGGAGCUGCUCCCCUCAAGCCCACACCUGGCCCUGCACUGAGCGUGGGGCUACCCCGCCACCCACGCCACCUCCUGUUGUCCGGGUUAGGCCGUGUCUUGCUGGGCUCCUGUGGUGGGUUUUCCCUGGAGGCUGGAUUGAAACCUGGAACUGCCAGGCUCAAGGGCCCCACCCUGUCCCUCUGCUUUUCGCAGUCCAAACCCCCAAAAUCAUGUGCUGUGUUGGAGGCCUUCCCCCCGGUGAGACUGCCCCAUGGGGAGCAGGAACUGAGCCCUUCCUUGGGCUGAGGAUGCCCCCAAGAGCGGGCAGGGCAGGGCAGAGGUCAAGCUCACCCACCUAGAGCUCAGUCUUCCCUUCCCAUGCCCCUGUGGCCCGCCCAUCUCAGAUGCCCCAGUGACCCAGGCCUUGGCCACCCUCCAAGAAGGCACGCCAAUACCCUCGCUGGGCUGCCAGCCACCCCUGGCCCCAGGGCGGCAGAAAGGGACACCAGAUGUAAGUGUGCAGCAGUCUCCCCUUCUGUGGGCUCCGCUCUCCCCAAUGAGAGCGCCUCACUAUUCUCAGACCUCACCACACCGAGCCUUUGAAGGGAGACUGGGUGGCAGAGGCUCAGCAGGGCUGGGGUGGCUGAGCUCAGGGAGGCAUUCUGGGGGUGCUUGCUUGCUUGGACUCACACUGCCUGUUCCUCAAUAGGUCCCAGGCUCUGGGUCUCUGCAAGGAGGGGUCACCUUGGAUGUCACAGGGACCAGACCGUAGGCACCUCGCAGGGGUGGGAGUUUGCUGAGCCAUGUGGCCCUGACCCCAGCCUGUGCCACCUCUUAAGUAUGGAGCUAUCCAAGAGGAAGCCAGGCUGGGCUGUGGGAGCAGCAGCCCAGGCCAGGGAUUCCCUGUGGUCCUGCCCUGCUGGAGCUUGUGACCCUGGCUGGUGCCGCCUGCUCCCUGCGCCUGACCCUGCCCUCUGCUGUCUGUGGCGAAGCUGGCUUUGGGUCGACCGGCCCUCAGAACACUGUAUAUAGUUAUUUUCCUGUCCAUUGUUUCUGGUUUGCUUUGCAUUGCUUUCGAUGACUUCAUCUUUUAUUUUUGAUGUCACUUUUUGGUCAUGUAAACUAUUUCUG